AUGGCAAUUCAUCCUCCAGAAGAGUCGGCUACUGACAAUAAUGGUGUCACCAUUGAGGUGGAUGAAGAAAUCGAAGGAGACGUAACGGGUUCCAGGAAUUAUCGCUUUUCAAGAAUUGGAGAACCGGUUCCUAUAAAGUCCGAACCUGAUUCCGGGUUUGACACGGAAUGCCUUCCGUCACAGCCUUUGGCUGUCUCCGAACGUUUUCGCCUCCUCUUUGUUGCUCAUUCAGAUGGGUUUUGUGUUGCAAAGACUAAGGAGGUUAUUGCAGCCGCUGAGGAAUUUAAAGACAAAAAUACUGGUCGAUCUGUACAGGAGUGUAGCUUCUUGGACCUUCCUAUUGGAAAGGUUUCAAUAUUGGCCUUGUCAGCUGAUGAUUCCGUCCUUGGAGCCACUGUGGGAAGGGAUAUCCAUUUUUCUGCUGUUAGCGCUUUGCUCCACAAGGACAUGCGGUGGUCUAGAAAAUUUGAAAAGGUUUAUGUUACCCUUUCAACUGAUGGAAAACUUUUCCGUGGAUCUGGUCAAGGCCCCCCUGAUUACAUGAUGGACAAUGUUGAUUGUGUUGAUUGGAGCGUGAAGGGAAAUUUUGUUGCUGUGGCGAUGAAAAAUGUCCUCAGUAUUUUGUCAUCUCAAUUUAAGGAAAAGUUGAGGUUGUCGCUUCCAUUCAAGUCAGUCAUUGGCGAUUCAGAUGUUAAUCAAGUUAUAAAAGUGGAUGCUAUCAGAUGGAUCCGUCCAGAUUGUAUAGUUGUGGGAUGCUUUCUAUUGAGUGUUGAUGGUGAGGAGGAAAAUUACUUGGUUCAAGUUAUUACAAGCAAGGGCAGCAAAAUUACUGACGUCAGCGCCUCUUCCAAGCCGACUGUGUUAUCCUUCGAAAAUAUUUUUCUUGAUUUCCGUCCUGAUGAUGUUCCUGUUGCACGCGGAUCACAUCUGUUCCUCAGUUAUUUAGAUCUUCAUGGACUUGCAUUUAUUGCUAAUAGGAAGAAUCUGUCUCAGCAUGUUGUAUUAUUUUGCUGGUCACUGGAUUAUGGGAAGAACGAAGCUGCAUUGAUCGAUAUUCUCAAUGAUGCUUGGAUUCCACACAUUGAAUGUCAAGGAGAUGGUGAAGACAAUUUGAUCUUAGGACUCACUGUUGACAAGGUUUGCCAGAAUGAAAAUGUCAAAUUAACACUUGGAGAAGAGGAAACAGAAGUUUCACCUUGUUGCAUUCUUAUAUGCCUAACACUUGAUGGAAAGAUUUCUAUCUUUCACUUCGCUAGUGCUAUAGGUGCUUCAGUAUCAUCUAAGAACUUGGCUGAAUCUGGUGAGGAUGAGGAUGCUUCUCUUGUGUCAUCGUUAAAACAUGAGCCGGCCCAGAUUUCUUCGGAAGUGAAGGAAGAAAGUGGAGAACAAACCUUUUCAAGGUUGAAAUCUCAUGAAUUGAGUGGAACUGACAAAAGAGAGAAUGAGAGGGUUACUACUAUUGCAAAUGCCCAACCAUCUUCGUUACUUGCAAACAUCAAAUCUGAAGACAAGUGUAUUACUGAAAAUCAGGAACGGAAACCUCAUCCAAAGUUUCAAACGUCAGAAGCUGAUGAGCAGAAAAUAUUCCCUCCUGUAAAGUUGAACAAAGAUGGCAAUAUUCAAACACCACUUGUUGCAGGGAAGCAAGACGUAAAGUUGGAACAUUUAUCAUUUAAGACUUCUAGUCUUGAGGGUUCUCAACCUUUGGCUAAAGGUUUUAGUAGGACAGAGGACAAAUCUAUUUCUGAAGUCAAAUCUAGCCCAAGUUCCUUCUCAGAAAAAGUUUUUUCCCUAAGCAACGAUAAACAAACAGGUAGCAGUAUGGAAUCAUCGGGAAAGAUGGCAUCAACUAAUUUACAGAAUACGCUGCCUUCAACCUGGUCAAGUAUAAAAGUUGAUUCUUUAAAAACAUUUGAUGAAAGGCCUUUGUUGCUACCUUCCCAUGGCGCUGAGCGGAGGAUCUCUCACAAGUCUGAUAUAAGUGCUUCUCAACUUGCUGGAGAUUCACUUCGAGAUAAUUCACUUAUGAAGGAGCGGGCUGGACCUUCAGUUGCAUUUAAUUCUUCUGGACAGAGAUCUGCUACAGGAACCGGAAAUAUCUACUCAUUGCCUGCACAUCGGGGUUCACAAGUGUCAAUGCAGGGGAGUUCUACUUUAGGAAAAUCUUUUGAGGCUCAACCCAACAAAGAAAAUCAUGCGACUCGCUCCACAACGGGGUCACUAUUUUCUGAGCCAAACGUAUCAAAACAGUUCAGCAAUGUUGAAGAAAUGGCCAACAAAUUGAACAACCUUCUUGAAGGCAUUGAAGGAAAAGGUGGGUUUAAGGAUGCAUCUGUCGCUGCCCAAGAAAAAGCAGUUAUGGAGUUGGAGCAUGGUAUAUGGGCUCUUUCAGGCAAAUGCAGAACAUGGAAGGGAAUAAUGGAUAAGCAACAAAUAGAGGUCCAACUUCUUUUUGAUAAGACAGUACAAGUUGUGGCAAGGAAAAUAUAUGUGGAAGGAAUUUUCAAGCAAGCUACAGAUAACCGAUAUUGGGACCUUUGGAAUCGUCAAAAAUUGAGUCCUGAACUAGAGUUGAUGAGCAGACAUAUCUUAGAUUUAGAUCAGGAGUUGACCAAUCAGAUGAUUGAAUUGGAAAGGCACUUCAAUGCUCUUGAGCUCAAUAAGUUUGGUGAAAAUAGAGAGAUGCAAACAAACCAGAAAGCUUUGCAAAGUUGGCGUGGACAAUCCAGGCACAUUCAGGAGUUGCAUAGUUUACAUAACACGAUGAGUGCACAAUUAGCAGCAGCUGAGCAACUUUCUGAGUGUCUCUCAAAACAGAUGGCUGCUCUAAAUAUAGAAUCUGCUGCAAAAGAACAGGAUGUAAAAAAGAAACUGUUUGAAUCCAUUGGUCUCUCCUACAUUGGUGCCUCUCACGGCUCCCCGAGUAAGGAAAGGGCUCUAGAUACCUUGUCAAAUGAAGAACUAUUGAUUACUUCUCGUUCUGUUUCUGCUAAAGAGCAGUCUAGUAGACACCAAGCUAAUCUUUCCAAGGGUUAUGAUCCAGAAACUGUAAGGCGGCGUCGAGACUCACUGGAUCGGAGUUGGGCUAGAUUUGAGCCUCCAAAAACAACUGUUAAAAGGAUGCUUUUGCAUGAAGAUGCAGAGUUGAGUGCAAAUCAAUCAUUUUUUACAGGUGAUAAACAAGAUCUAACUCCUCAAUUCCAGAAGGGACCCGAAGUUGCUCCUUCAGCACUUUCUAAUGUCUCGGCAGCCUCUUUGUUCCAACCCAAAAAUAGAGAAGAUCUAUCUAUUGGGAGAUCAUCACCAUCUUUGGCCCGACAGACAGCUAGACUUCUGGAUCGUGGAAUGGAAGUAUUAUCAACAAAACCUUCUGCCUUAACAUCACAAUCAGCAUUGGAAUCAAUAACUACUCGAGAUAUUGCGGAAGGAACUCGCAAACUGACUGAUGAAAAUUCAAUGUGUAGUGUACCUUUUGUCGGAAAGAAUGAUGUCUUUGCAGCAAGUGAACCUAAAUUUUCUAUGCAGUCUAAAAUGCACGUCAGUCAAACACCAUCAACCACCACUAGGUUGGCUGCACAAACACUGGCAACACCCAACAAUUCCUGUGAAAUUUCAGUUCAUAAUGAUAAGAAACUUGGUUCAACUAAGUCUACAACUGGGGAUGAGAAUCAAAUGCCAGCAAUGACUGGGAGCUCAUUAUUUGAGCCUAAAUAUUCAUUUGCCCCUCCAUCUACUUUUGGUUCAGGUUCCAACCUGACAAAGACAGAUUUACACACCGAAAAUUUAUCAAACCAAAGCCAUCCCCGUUUAGCCUUAUCAUCUUCUACAUCACUUCAAUCAACUCCGAGUUCAUCAUUACCUUCUACAUCUACCUUGGCAUUUUCAACUCCUGUAGUGAGCGGAAUCUCAUCAAUUGAGCCUCCUGUGGUCAUGUUUGGCACAAAGACAGAUGGAAUUUCUCCAACUCAGGCUUCAAUUGCCAAUUUGUCUUCAACAGUAGAAGAGAGUAUUACAACGGAGGCUUCAGCUUCUAAAGUCGUGUUUUCCACACCUACAUCUGAUUCGGAACUUGGACCUUCAGUGCCAUCUUCAACGACUGACUUUUCAACCAAGUCAAAAUCUGGUAAUCAAAUUGAUUUAGGUGGCAUGUUAAGUUCCUCGUCAGAUAUUGCAUCAAAUAUUAAGCCAGAAGAGCCUUAUGCGGCAGAAGAUCCACUACCAACAGCUGUAUCAAGUGCUGGGAUCGUUCCUGAAGUGAAACACUUAACAUCUGAUGCUUCUCAUGAGGAUGAAAUGGAGGAAGAAGCCCCUGAGACUGAUCAAACAACUGAACUUGCAUUAGGAAACCUUGGUGGGUUUGGGCUGGGAUCAAUGCCAAACUCAACGGCUGCAAGUUCAAAUCCAUUCGGUGUAGCACUGCUCAACAGAGAUGCUACUCCUGCUAGCUCAACAUUUACAAUGUCUGGUCCCAGUGGUGAGCUGUUUCGCCCUGCAUCCUUUAACUUCCAAUCUCAACAACCUUCUCAAGCACUGUGGCCAACAACGAAUGUUGGUGCCUUUUCUGGUGGAUUUAAUACCGGGAUCACUAGUCAAGCUCCUACUGUAAGUGGGUUUGGACAACUGGCACAUAUUGGAUCUGGGCAACAAGUGCUGGGAUCGGUGCUUGGUGGUUUUGGACAGUCGAGGCAGCUUGGUGCUGGUCUUACUGGAACUAGUGCUGCUUCUGCAAGUGGCUUUGGUAAUGGUUUCAUGGGCGUUUCUUCCACUGGUUCUGGAGGUGGCUUUGCUGCUGCUUCCACAGGUGGUGGAUUUGCUGCUGCCGCAACAGGUGGUGGAUUUUCUAGUUUGGCAUCAGGUGGGGGUGGGUUUGCUGGAGCUGCUGCAGCAAUAGGUGGCGGUGGUGGGUUUGCUGGAGCUGCUGCCCCCGCUGGAGGUGGGUUUGCUGGAGCCGCUGCCACAGGUGGUACUGGGUUUUCAGGUGGUGGAUUUGGAGGUUUUGGCAAUCAGCAAGGUGGUGGAUUUGGAGGUUUUGGCAAUCAGCAAGGUGGUGCCGGUGGUUUCUCAGCAUUUGGUAGCAGUUCAGGAGCUGGAAGACCUCCAGCUGAACUCCUCACACAGAUGAGGAAAUAG